CGACGAUAACGAAUCGAGAGAGCCGAGCCGAUUCGACUCGUCUUCUGCUCGAAUCCUGCUGGCUCGAUUGCGAGUUCAGUUCAUCAGUCAGUACAGCAGGAAUAUCCCACGGAAUCGGUGCCGGUACGGCAGCGUAAACUCGCCCAACAACAGUUAUUCGAACGAUUCCGUCGCAGGAAAGGCAUGAGCAUAUCUAAGCGCAUACCGAACGGGAGCGAUACAAAUGCAAGCAUAUCAACGAUGUCCCUAAGACUGUGAUACAAUAAUCAUCCCAUUGGAAAAAGUCAUGGAAAAAUGUUGAUAACAAUCAAUUAUAGAUAAGAAGAAAAAAAAAAUCAUAUCGAAUUUCCCGCUUAAAAAAAACGACACGUCAUUUUUUUCUAGUCAACGUGGAUUUCGCGUAGUUUAUUAAAACAUUUUUUUUUUAAUUUAAUUAAUUAUAUUAUACACAUAUUUUUCGAUGAAAAUGGGACUGUUAUGGCGAAAGAGAUCGCUCCUGCUGAAGCUGGCCGUGGUCCUGAGCACCGCCUGGUUCACCAUGGCCUUCUUGUUCUACGCGGACGGCGGGGGGCCGUCGGGGGGCGCGGCGGACGGGGCGCCGGGCAGGGCGGAGAGGCGGGCGGGAGGGAGGCCGGGGGCGGCGGGGCCGCCGGAGCCGCUGGUGCCCUUCAAAGACGAGGAGACGACGUCGAAGCGGAGCCCCAACAAGAGGAUGGAGGAGUUCGGGGGCGUGCUGGUGCCCCCCGACAACGUCGCCGGGGAGAUGGGGAAGCCGGUCGUGUUGCCGGCCAAUUUGUCUGCCGAUAUAAAAAAACUAGUCGACCAAGGAUGGAUGAACAACGCAUUCAAUCAAUACGCCAGCGAUUUGAUGAGCGUCCACCGAAGCCUGCCGGAUCCCCGAGACGAAUGGUGCAAAGAGGAGGGCCGCUUCCUGGACGCCGAGCAACUACCGCCCACCUCCGUGAUAAUAUGCUUCCACAACGAAGCGUGGUCGGUGCUGCUGAGGACCGUCCAUUCGGUCCUCGAUCGCUCGCCGAAGCGGCUCAUCCAGGAGGUCAUCCUGGUGGACGACUACUCCGACAUGCCGCACACCAAGCAACAGCUGGAGGACUAUUGGAAGGACCAGCCCAAGGUGAAAAUCGUCAGGGCGCCCCAAAGGGAAGGUCUCAUUCGGGCCAGAUUGUUAGGCGCAGCUCACGCGACCGCUCCCGUCCUCACCUAUCUGGAUUCGCAUUGCGAAUGCGCCGCCGGCUGGCUGGAACCACUUCUCGACAGGAUAGCCAGGAAUUCGACGACGGUCGUUUGUCCGGUGAUCGACGUCAUCGACGACACCACCAUGGAGUUCCACUAUCACGACAGUACGGGCGUCAACGUGGGCGGCUUCGAUUGGAAUUUGCAGUUCAAUUGGCACGCGGUGCCCGAGCACGAGAAGAAACGCCACAAGAACACGGCCGAGCCGGUGUGGAGCCCGACGAUGGCCGGCGGCCUGUUCAGUAUCGAUAAGGCGUUCUUCGAAAGAUUGGGAACCUACGACGACGGCUUCGACAUUUGGGGCGGCGAGAACCUCGAGCUGUCUUUCAAAACCUGGAUGUGCGGCGGCACGUUGGAAAUCAUCCCCUGCUCUCACGUCGGCCACAUCUUCAGGAAGAGAUCGCCGUACAAAUGGAGGACGGGCGUGAACGUGCUCAGGAGGAAUUCCGUCCGUUUGGCGGAGGUCUGGCUGGACGAGUACGCCAAAUACUACUAUCAGAGGAUCGGCAACGACAAGGACAACUACGGGGACGUGAGCCGAAGGAAGGAGCUGCGCCGGAAUUUGGGCUGCAAGAGCUUCAAAUGGUAUUUGGAUAACGUUUAUCCGGAGCUGUUUAUACCCGGCGAGGCCGUGGCGAGCGGCGAGGUGAGAAAUCUUGGAUACGGCGGAAAGACUUGCCUGGACUCGCCGGCGCGUCGUAGCGAUUUGCACAAACCCGUGGGACUUUAUCCUUGCCAUAAGCAAGGCGGCAACCAGUUUUGGUUGUUCAGCAAAGUAGGAGAGAUCCGUCGAGACGAAUCGUGUCUGGAUUACAGCGGACAGGACGUGAUUCUUUAUCCGUGCCAUGGCAGUAAAGGUAACCAGUACUGGAAGUACGAGGAGGAUACGAAGCUGUUGCGACACGGCAGCAGCGAAAAGUGCUUGGCCAUAAACGAGGCCAAAAAUAAACUGAUUAUGGAAAAGUGCAACCCCGAUAUACAAAGGCUCUUGUGGUCUUUGGAAAAUUACGAUAAAACGAAAUUGUGAUUGUUUGUUUUAACGUUAUUAUUAUUAAAUCUUUUGUUGUA